AUUCGAAACUGUAAAACUGCAGUGCAGAUUGUUGAGGAAAUAUUCAAUUGGUCCAAGUGGAAACCCUUGAUAAUUCAGGAAGUAUACAUUACACAUAUUGCUAAAAUGCCAUUUAGUUAUCAUAUUAACCCUGCAUACAUUGGAAUGAGAAUUUUAAGCACCGAAGAACGCUAACAUAUUUCAAUUGAUAUAUUCACUAGCAUCUUAUAUCAAUGGAUUUGAAUUUGUUUUUAUGUCUCAUUGUGUUGUUUGUGUCUCCUUAUAUCGUAUCUUCUAGCCCACGAUUAUGUGAAAGCUUUGGCAGGAAAGUAUGCUGUAAUGGAUAUAUAUGGAAUGAAGCACAAAAUAGCUGUACACGUUGCAGGGGUGGAUUUUACGGUAGGAACUGUACUAUUCCUUGUCCAUACCCAACAUUCGGUUGGAAUUGUCAAUUAAAAUGCAUCUGUAGCAGUGAAGACUGUCACCACACGUAUGGGUGCAAGAGAACUCCACCAGAAGAUUAUUUAUCAUUGCAGAGCAUUGAAAUAUCAACCAUUCCUGCAUCUGCUUCAAAGGCUACAACAGAGGCUGCACCGAAAUCUACCAACAUCCUCCAUAUGAACAGUAUGCGUGCUCAAGAGACGGAAGCCGUAAAUGAAAGUUAUCUUACACCUUUAAUUGCUGGUAUUAUCAGUCUUUUGAUCGUUGCAGGAAUGUUACUGAUCCUCUACGUAAUGACAUAUUCACAUAAAGACACGUGUAUAGUUCAAGGAAAUACAUCAAGUAAAAGCACACCUUGAAAUGAUAGAAUUUACGCCCCUCACGUUCAAUCAAAAUAUGACCGCAUGGGAUAUUUUCUCUGAACAUGUAUCUAAAAGAGUAACAAUGUAAUAAAAGAAUCAAGUUUUGUAUUAUUCGGAAUUCUUAUCUAUACCAAUAAAAAACAAAGAAACACAUAGAACUAAUUUUACUCUGAAUCUCAUCAAAUAAUUUUUCAAACAUCUUUCUGGUAAAGAAAGACUGAUCUAAUUACUCAUUGUAACAGCUAAUGCUGUUAUUCACUAGAUAAAUAUUUGAAAGAAUUUGAGGACAAUAGAACGUGUUUUCAUAAAAUCUUAAAACAGUCUCUGUAGCUCUCGAUUGUUGUAAGUCCCUAUUCCACUUGUUUCAAGCACCAGUAGUCUAUAAAAUGAACGGCUUUUCUAUAUGCCAUUGCAUUGUUGUUAAAUGUAACCGUGUUUUGAGAUUUGUCGCGUUCGAAUGAUGCUCAACGCAACGAUGCAAUUGGAUGAAUAGAAGCAGGUGUGUCAUCAUUUACAGUUCGAAGAGAUUGCAAUGUUGCAAAUAGCACCAUAUCUCGGCUUUUGGGCAGAUAUGAACACCAUGGUUAAAAGAUGAUCGUCAUAGAUCAGGUAUACCAAAGGUGAGUUCAUCAGCACAGUAUCACUUAAUCUGAUUGCUUCAUUGUCAACGAUUCAUAACAGCGCCAUAUACAACAACUAUCACUCCAGGAAUUUGCAGAAUGAAAAAUUAAAAGGUGAAGAGAACGAAAGUAACCAAUCUCAAAACUCUUAUUAGGAAUACAAAUUAAGAGUAAGGCAAAUGCGGACCCCAUGUCAUACCAGAGAUGAAAACAGUUGCCUAGGAGGACUAAGCAUCCUCUGUUGACCGGUCGCACCAGCCAUCAUUUUGAUCGGGUAAACGAAUAAUUAAUCCAUAGUAAAAUCCGUGUGUAAACAACGAUCUCAAUUGCUAUAAUACAUGUCUGACAUCAUUUCACAUAAUGGCAGUGUGUAUUGGUAAAUUACAUUCUGAUAACGACAAUGAAUUUUGCAAAAUGCAAACUUUGAAUGAAAAUGUUGAGACCCUUGCACCAUCAACUUGUUUGUCAGUAGCCUGAGUCGAUUUUAAAAGCAUGAUCAUACGCAGAACAAGCUCUUGCGUAUAAAAUCAGUUAAGAGACAUAAACAGCAUGUGCAGGUGAUAAUGAAAUAUUGGUACAUCAAAUUGGGAAGUUAACGAUGAGGAAGCUGAAAUCAUAGCGUUUGUCAUAAAGUUGAGUUGCUAUUUUGCCGUUGAUAUCCAUUUUCAAUAAAAUGUCCAAGUAUGAAGCAGAAGUGGAGGGCUAUGUUGUGAGUUUUAUCUCGAGUUCACCGGGGUGAAAGGUGAAGAUAACGAACAGUGAUCAAUCUCAUAACUCUCGCAAGGAAUACAAAAUACAAAGUUUGUCAAACACGGACCCCAGGACAUACCAAAGUUGAGAUCAGGUACCUAGGAUAUAUAUGUGCAGUUUUGUGUCGCUGUUCAUGAAUCAUCAAAAUAUCCUGAUAGCUGACAAAACGUUGGAGUGUUCAAUACAUUUUAAAGACUAAGUCUUAAAUUCCGUGUUUAUUUCAUUUUGAUCCAUUAUAUCCAGUGUUCACUAAACUCUGAUGAGUAUUAUAUUCAGUGCUCACUAAAGUCUGAUGAGUAUUAUAUUCAGUGUUCACUACAUGUCAAUUACCAUUAUAUUUAGCGUUCACUACUUUUUGAUUACUGACAAGUAAAUUCAAUGUUCACUGAUAAUGAUCAUUGUCUAUCAUAUUCAGAGUUCGAGUCCCGCUACUCUCAUGGCCGUGUCCAACUUAUGACGUAAAUAUAGGUACUGACUGCUCCUUCGUCAAACGAAGGAAAUCACAUGCCUUCCGGAUAUGACCUACAACACGGAUCCCGUGUCACAGCAGGCUUUGGUAUGUUAAAGAACCAUCACUACUAUAACCCUAAGCGCUUAGCAUGGGUCUAAUAUUGUGGUACUUCACCUAUAGGUGCCACCAUCUCAAUGUGAGUGAACAAUUCUCAACGGAACGAAAACGACAAAAAAAAAACCACACACCAUGAACCGGUACUUUUGUUGCAAUUGUGUGUGUGUGUUUUCAGUUUAACCAUUGACGUCAAACCAUAUUCUAAAUCUGACUAUAUAGAUAU